AGCAUAAGUGCGAGGUACGGUUAGUGCCCUUUCCCACAGACGUCUGCUAUACGCAAUUUCGAAACCACCAUCCCUGUCUACGAUCGAUACUCUGGACCCCAGGAGACGCACCGAUCGAUAGGGCCUUUCAACAUAUUUCCGGAAGUGCCUAUAAAGUUCUAGCAUUGCCGUUCUGGAUCGCUGCCUCUCUUCCACUAAGACUACCCCCUCAGAUUGCUCGUAUCAAAUCAAGGCCACUCACAACACUACUACCAUCAUGAGCAAGGUCCUCGCAGUUUUCGGCGCCACAGGUCAGCAAGGCGGCUCGAUCGUUGAUUUCGUCCUGGAAGACGCCCAGCUCUCUAAGAAUUACAAAGUGCGUGGUAUCACGAGGGACACAUCAUCCGAGGCUGCGCUUCGUCUGAAGCAAAAGGGCGUCGAUGUUCUCCAAGGGGACGUUACUGAUCCGCUAUCUCUGAACGCUGCCCUGAAAGGAGCCCACACCGUCUUCGCAUUGACUGCUCCAGCCUACGGGCCCGACUCCCGAGCGAAAGAAUUUGCGACAGGAAAGGCCAUUGCCGACGCCGCUGUUGCCGAAGAAGUCCAGUACAUCAUUCUCAGCACGUUGCCCAAUGUCAGCAAGCUCUCUACCGGCAAGUACACCAACGUUACGGGCUUCGAUGCCAAAGCCGAUGUGGAGGACUACAUUCGCAAGUUGUCAAUCAAGAGUGCAUUCUUUGCUCCCGCGUCGUUCAUGCAGAACUUUCAGAACAUGCCCUUGAGGAAGACUGAGAAUGGAGGUUUCAUCUUCGCACGGCCAACGUCACCUUCGUCGCUGCUCCCAUUGAUCGACAUCGUGGCCGACACAGGCAAAUUUGUCGGUGCCAUCUUGGCGGAUCUUGACAAGUAUGAAGGCAAGACGUUUUGCGCAGCCACCAGGGUGUACAGCAUGACUGAGAUUGCUGGGAUCAUCAGUGCAGUGUCCGGCAAGGAAGUCAAGUAUGUGCAGGUUCCGCCGGAUCAGUACCGCCAAAUGCUGUCAGGUCAAGUGGGCAACUACGCAGAUGUGCUCGUCGAUAUGAUGCUGUAUCAGCAGGAGUUCGGGUACUAUGGCCCGCAAACGAAGGAGUUGGUGCAAUGGGCGGUGGACAAUGCGACAGGAAAGGUUACCAGUUUCGAGGAGUAUCUGGAGCAGCAUCCUCUGCCGUCUUUGCAGUGAAGUGGCAUGCAGGAGGGUGGGAAAGGGUAGAGUCGUGAGAUCAUCGAUACCGGGUUGCAUGGAAGUGGAAGUCGUGAAGGAGCUGGACCUUAUUCCGCGAUGUAUCUUGAAAGCACGAUACUCACCAACGAAAGGCAAGGAGGGUGGUGAUCAGGCCGUAGAGAGGGAGUCAAAUCAGACAGCUCGAAAUGCGACGUGAGGUUAGCGCUAGUUCUUGAAAUCCACCGAUAGACGCCCCCAGUGGCUUCAUUGGGCGCCCGGAGUGGGAUAUCCACGAGGCCUAGCCUUAAUCGAGGUCUACCUGGAUGCCAGGCCUGACAACUCCAUUAACCCCGACGAUGAUGCACGAUUG